AGCAUCGACCUUCAACGGUUCUUCUCGACAGCGGUUCUACAUAGGAUUGGAUGCAGAGCCAGUUCUUGAGACGGCUGACGACACCGUCUUACACAGAGCUGCUAGAGGGACGAACCCCGGCUGGGUACGACGCAAGAGUCGUGGAUCUGAGCUUCGGUCUCCGCUCUGGCAGUGAGUCGGACGUCACACAUACCAUCGUCGUCAACCUAGCUACAAGCGUCAUCCUCGCAAAGUCAACGAUGAGGGCCAGUAAGGGGGCGGACAUCCGUGCAGGGUGUUCACAGAAGGUGGGGGGGGAGCGUGAUUUCAUUUCACCGGUGAGGGCUGUGGGUGGGAACGCUGCAGGCGCAGGUGGUUCGACGACGAAGACAGCGGGCGUGGGGGUGUCUCGUUUGGUGACGCACAAUGCUGCAAUCGAUGGAUGGGGGGAAGCUGACGACUGGUCGGCGACGGAAGUCAUGGGCCAGCAGUUUUGGAACGGUCAGCGGCAACAAAUGCAACAACCGAGCACUUCCGGCAUAAUGAAAUGGGUGGCCAACAUGCACGUCGGAGGGGAUGACACGUAUGUGGAUUGCGAUGCUGGGGGGGCUGAAGAUGUUGUGUGGACGAGGCUGGUCUUGAUGGCGGCGAAGACGACGAGGAGGAAUUGGACAUUCGACCAGUGGGAAGGAAGAGAGGCGGAUGACGGGCCAGGCAAAAGGACGACGAACUGCGAGCAGGGCGGCAAGGCAAGAAGGCUGUAGAGGACGGUGCCGCCAGCGAUGGCGCCAAUCGCAGGAAUUUGUGGACAGUGGAGCAUAAUAGCAUAUGAUUAUUCUCGUUCAAGCGAAAUGAG